AUGGCGCCGCGCCGCGCGUCUCGUCCCGCGCUUCAAGCCGGCCUCGCCGCAAUCCUCGCGGCUGCCGCCCUCAUUGCCGCAGUCUUUCUCCUCCCUUCCGCAGAAGCCAGCGCCUCUGUCGUGUACGACUCCGUGGUCGCAUUCAAAGGCCCAAUGAGAACAACGGAUAACGCCAGCCUGAUUUUCUACAACGCGUUGUGCGACGACGUGGAUCGCAGCGUGUUCGCGAAUGGGAGUAAAGUCAGCGCGGAGAUUGCGUGGGACGGUUUCGAGCGCGCGGACCACAAGUGCAGCAGCAUCUCCUUCCACUCCGCGCCGGGCUGCGCGGGACGCCCCUACAUGACGUACCUGCGCCCUCCGUGGAACAUCACUCACGUUCCCACCACGUGGAUGCUCUCUGCCGCCGACUUGCCAGCGUCAGCGAGAUGCGAGGAGGGCUGCGCUGCCGACUGCGGGUCCGCUGCUAGGUGCAUCGUGCGGAACAGGAAGGAUGAGUGCGUGUGCCCUGGGUCUCUUGUCUUCGAUGUGAAGGCCAGGCGCUGCCUUGAUGGCCCGGCCUCCAUUAACGAAGACUCCAUGGCAGCCAGGGAUCCCUGUACAGCAAUUACGUGUCCGUCGAAUGCGUUUUGCGCGGUUAAGAACGGUACAGGGAGCUGCAAGUGUAGCCCUGGCUACGUCAAGAAGAACGGCCUCUGCACUGCUGUGUGCAAGCCCACCUGCCCUCGCAACGCCGAGUGUGCAGUGGUGGCCGGCACGCCUAUGAGCGCACAAUCAUUCAAACUCGCCGCAUGGGGGGUUCGUCAAUUCAGCAAGAAUGAGGCAGAAGGGGCACCAGCUAAGGGCCAGAUAAGGUAA